CCGCACUAUAGUGGGUAGUCGAGUAAAAGUGAAAGUGAAUAGGAGCAUGGGUGCUUGGCAGUCUUACUCGCUUGUGAUUUCCCGUCGAGCUGUCGGAUGGCUUUGGGAUCACUUUUGCUUGUUUGCGUCGUCGCGCGUGUGCUGGGCACGGCGCGCUGCUCCGACGGCGACCAAAGUGAGUGUCCCUGCUCGGGAAUCCCUCAGUGGCCUCUAACCGAGCCUCCGCCGGAGGACUGCCACCAGCUCAAUAGGACCUACCGCUACACCUGCCUCAAAGGCUACCUGAGGACGGCGGGCACGUCCAAUCUCAUCAAAUGCAAACCCGGCACUUCGCGGUGGUCCAGUCCCACCCUCAAAUGUAAACUGGACCCCAGAGGAGGCGCCGCACACGCAUCCAACAGCACCGACGCAGGUGAGCACGCUGUCACAGCGAGCGUAGAGAAACACAGAAAUACGUCGGGACCCGGAUAUUCACUGUUAAAUGGUUCAAGCAACGACACUUCUUUUCCACUAACCGGAUCCUCCAUGACUGGAUCUGGAAUCACCAUAGCGGUUGUCAUCUCAAUCGUCAUUGCGGCGCUUCUCGGAAUCGGCCUCCUUCUUCAUAAAAUGAGAAAAGCGCAACACAGCUGCCCGUUGCAUACAACAACAGAAGGCAUUCCUCUGAAUGAAGCUACGUAAUAGCAUUGAAAAGCAGGUCGUAAAAAAUAACAACAAAAAAGAAGAUCACAGGACAAAAGGAGGCAGCAGCCGCGACUGUCUCGUCGAAUUGUACUGUGGAUGUGAGCCGGCGGGACUGACAUGUCGAGAGGCGCCAUUAGCCUGGUAUUUCCUCAUGCUUGUCACGCAGUUGAACACCAGCAGCCCAUCAAGACUCAUCGUCAUCACCAAGCAGGUGGCG